UGAUGGUUUACUGUUCCGUUGUGCUGGGGGUGGGCGCAGCGCUCAGAAUCUUCCGGUCUUUCGAGUUUGCUACUUUUGUUUAGCUGUCCCUCGGGCUUAGCGGAGGGCUUUGGGAGAAGAAACAACAGUCAUAUGUCCUGAACCAUAAACCUCAGCCAGAAGUGAACCAUAGUCUGAUCUGUUCCAGCCCAGAAUGGCUGUUACACUGCCUCGUGGAGUUCCAGAGGAACAGAAAAAACUUCUCACAGUAAAGAAUGAAGAAGGCCAUGUCUGGGAGCAAGAAUCUAACUUGCAAGGGAAUAAUAUUUAUAGCCAAGAACUCUUUCGUCAGCGCUUUAGGCAGUUCUGUUACAAGGAAACACCUGGUCCCCGUGAAGCUUUGGGCCGUCUCUGGGUGCUCUGCUGUGAGUGGCUAAAACCAGAAAUGCACACAAAAGAACAGAUCUUAGAUCUACUGGUACUUGAGCAGUUCUUAACCAUCUUACCUGAGGAUCUCCAAACUUGGGUUCGGGAACAUGAGCCAAAGAGUGGGGAGGAGGCUGUGACUGUACUGGAAGAUUUGGAGAAAGAGCUUGAUGAACCAAGACAACAGGUUCCAGCCAGUUCCUACAGACGAGCAUUGGUGCCUAUGGGUUCAGUAAAGGUGUCACCUAAUAUACAGUUACAGCCCAUGGAAACCCAGGUCAAAUGUGAAUCUCAGGAUCCCCAGCCCCUACAGAAGAGUGCUCUGCUUCUUCCUCAUAUUCCUAUACUUCCACAAAAGGGAGUUCCUAGUGACCAAAAGAUGGCAGCUUCACUUCUCACAUGCAAUACAACUGGAUUCCAGAAACUAAUGACAUUUGAGGAUAUGACCAUGUCAUUUGCAUUGGAGAAAUGGGGACAGCUGGACCCUGUUCAGAAGAGCCUCUGUAGUGACAAAAGGCACGACAAUUAUGGGAACGUGGUUGCUCUGGAUGGUGUGACCACAAUGGAGAAUGGAGAGUCAGCUCAAAACCAGGAUAUUAAAGCAGAUACGGAAUCUAAAGGGGAGUUGCCUGAUAGGCUCAAUGGGCAUAUUCCUCAGGGUCUUGAGCUUGGAGAAGUCUGUGAGGGCAAAUUAGAAGGGCAUCAAGGAAAUGCUGAAAUUGAGAAACGACAUAAAUGUGAUGAAUGUGGGAAAAGCUUCACUCAGAACUCAAGCCUUAUUAGACAUAAGCGAAUUCAUACUGGAGAAAGACCCUAUUCAUGUAAUGAAUGUGGAAAAACCUUCAUUCAGAGCUCACAACUUAUUGACCAUCAGAGAAUACAUAGCAAACUAAAACCCUAUCAAUGUAAUGAUUGUGGGAAAGCUUUCUAUUACAGUUCACACCUUAUUCAGCAUCAAAGGACCCAUACUGGAGAGAAACCUUUCCAAUGCAAUGAUUGUGGGAAAGCCUUCCAUUAUAGUUCAGGCCUUAUUAGACAUCAAAGAACGCAUACUGGAGAGAAACCUUACCAGUGUAAUGAUUGUGGGAAAGCUUUCUGUCUCAGCUCACAUCUUAUUCAACAUCAGAGGAUUCAUACUGGAGAGAAACCUUACCAGUGUAUUGACUGUGGGAAAAGUUUCAGUCAGAGCUCUGGCCUCUUUCAUCAUCAGAGAAUCCACAGUGGGGAAAAACCUUAUGAAUGUCAUGAAUGUGGGAAAUCUUUUAGUCAUAGUUCUGCACUUGUUGGACAUCAGAGAAUACAUAGUGGGGAGAGACCCUAUGAAUGUGAUAUUUGUGGGAAAGCCUUCAGUUACAGCUCACACCUUAUAGGACAUAGGAGAAUCCACACUGGGGAAAAACCUUAUGAAUGUGAUGAGUGUGGGAAAGCCUUCAGGCGGAGUUCACACCUCAUUGUACAUCAGAGAAUUCACACUGGGGAGAAGCCACAUUAUCCAUUGACAUAAAAAUUUUAAUAAUUUAUUCCACAUGAAACUGCAGAGAAAUCCUACCGACAAAGCUACAGUUACUCUUAGUACCUCAUCACGCAUCAGAAAGUCAUGUUGGUGACUGGGUAGACAGAUGCCUUAGAGCAGGCCAACAAAAAUUAUCUAAUACCUCAGUAUUAGGAAUGUCAGCUGAGAGACUGGGGUGUCAGAAUGACUUAUUCAAAUCUAUCAUACUCAAAAUCUUUUUGGAAAGAUUUGUUUAUCUGUAGCCCAGGGCACCUAAGAACAUAUACUAAGUAAAUGAAUGGUUAUGGCUUAGAGGUGGUAGGGAUGCUGCUACUGCUUUCUUUUUCCUUGCCUUCCUUUUUUUCUUAUAGAGUUGACAUUUUACCCCUAAUAAUUUGAUCUAAGAUGUGAAUUUAGAAAUAGUAUCUACCUCUAUGAAAGGUAUGUAUCGUUGUUCAGUUCUCUAAAGUAUGAUCACUUCUCAGUUAAUUGCACUAAUGACUAACAAAGCAGUGUGUGUGUGAUUCAAAAACAAUUUAUCUGACUUUUGACUUAAUCAUAUGAUUUUUUUCCCUUGACAAUAGAUUUAUUUUCUUCAUUAUAUUAGGUUGAUAACAGGUUGACAAUAAGAUAUGAGUUUGUGUUUUCUCAACUAAUACCAACUAGUGGCAUCCAACAUUAAAAGUUCUGCAGAUAAUUAAUAUUCAUAAAAUAGAUAACCCACUGAAGAAUAAUGAAGAUUAUAUUGUAAUAAGUUACAGGGGACUUAGCAGACAUACCCAGACUAUUGUACUGAAAGGGCUGAUGUCUUGGGCUAAAUUUGGGCAUGAGCCACUUAUAGGGAGGAAGGUGGCAGUGAUGGGUUCGGAUGUGGGGUAUCAGAGUAGGAAGAGGCACCAGAUUUGAGAGUUAGAUUUGUGUUUGGAAGAGGAAAGCAGCUGUGGGAAGGAUGGAGGAGAUCACUCGAAGAGAGGCAAAAAUUAGAGUAUAGAGAAGAUAAGGAAAAAAGAGGAAAGCAAGUCAGAAAUGAGA